AUGGAUGAUUCAAAACCGAAUAUCAGCAAGAUAUCUCCUCUUCGUCAACUAGCAACACAACUUUCUGGAUUGUAUUCUGAAGAUAUUGGCGCAAAAUUAUGGAAAGUUGCAUCGCAGCUAUUGGAGGACGGUGAAGCGCCUGCUGAGUACCCUGAGUGGGCGCCAGAAGAUGGUCAGACACCAGGGCAGUACAACACAAAGGAAGUCAAUUUUUGGACGUGCGGCUUCUUCCCGGGGAAUUUAUACAGCAUUCUGGAGAGAUGCGUCAAGUAUCCCAUGUACAUGCCAUUAACGGGAGUAGACCGCUCUACCUUUCAUGCUGAGUUACUCAAAUUGUGCCGGGCUUGGUCGGCUCCUCUUCACCAGAUGGCCAUGAGAACUAACACCCACGACCUUGGUUUCAUCACCCAGCCUGCUUUACGGCAGGAUUGGGAGCUGACUGGGAACAAGGAGAGCCUUGCUUCUUUAAUAACGGCUGCCAAGAAUUUGGCAUCCCGUUAUGAUGAGAGAAUGAAAGCUGUCAGAAGUUGGGACAAAUCUUUCAGCAAAAGAUACUCCAUUACUGACAAGGAGACCAAUUUCCUUGUCAUUGUGGACAGCAUGUGCAAUAUGGAUCUUUUAUUCUACGCAGGACAUCAGACGUCAGACCAGCGUCUAAUUGACAUUGCUACAAACCAUGCCGAUUUUGUUCGACGAAAUUUGAUCCGAGAAGAUGACUCCACAUGGCAUGUAGUUAAUGUCGAUCCUCGUGAUGGAUCUCUGAAGACAAAGCAUACUCAUCAAGGCUACAGCGACGAUUCGACCUGGUCAAGAGGUCAGGCCUGGACAAUACUGGGUUUUGCACAAACCUAUAUAUGGACAAAGAACCAAGUUUUCUUAGAAACCGCGAUUCGCCUAUCAGAGCAUUUUCUUCAGCGCCUACGAGGCGCAAGGCAUAAGUAUCCUUAUGUGCCUUUGUGGGAUUUCGAUGCGCCCAUUGGCGAAGAGCCACUGCGCGACUCUUCCGCCGGCAUGAUUGCUGCCAAUGGCCUUCUUCUCUUGCAUCAAAUCCUGGGAGAGGGAUCAAAAUACCUGGAUGACGCGUUACGCAUUGCAAGUGAGACCAUAGACAUGUGCCAAGCGACAGACCCAGCACGACUGGUCGCCGAUGAGGAAUCUAACAUCAGAGCUGAGGGAGUUACGUUUGAUUGCAUCUUGAAGCAUGCCACAGCGAAUAAUAACGAAUAUGCUCUUGUGAGAUAUAGUGAUCACGGUUUGGUAUAUGCGGAUUAUUAUUUCUUGGAGUUUGGCAACAAAUUACUAAGGAUGGGCAUGGUCUAA